AUGGCAAUCAAUACUUCAAGGACUCAAAUCCUUUUCAUUACCAUCAUUUCCUUCCUUAUUUUAGCUCAAAAUGUAAACUCAGCUGCAUUCACAGUCUCAAAUUUUGACCCAUACAAAACAAGCAUUGAACUCGAAGGCAACGCCUUCAUUUCAAACGGGUCCAUCCAUCUCACAAAUGUCGUCCCAAAUAGCGCUGGUAGAGCCUCUUGGGGUGGACCAGUGCGUCUUUGGGACGCACAUACCGGUGACCUUGCCGGCUUCACUUCCGUCUUUUCUUUUGUAGUUGCACCUACCGGCCCCGGACUCUUUGGAGAUGGAAUUACCUUCUUCAUUGCACCAUUCAACUCUCACAUCCCGAAAAAUUCGAGUGGUGGAUUCCUUGGACUAUUCAACGCGGAAACUGCUUUGAAUACAUACCAAAAUCGAAUCGUUGCCGUUGAAUUUGAUUCCUUUGGUGGAAAUCCUUGGGAUCCAGUGUAUCCCCAUGUUGGCAUUGAUGUGAACUCUAUUGCUUCAGUAACAACAGCUCCAUGGAAAACCGGAAGUGUUGCGAAUGGUUUCACCGCAAUUGCUUUUGUGAAUUACGAGCCUGUGGAGAAAAACUUAAGUGUUGUGGUAAGAUACCCUGGAGGCAAUUUUGUGAAUGGAACUUCUAGCAGUGUCUCAUUUAUCAUUGAUUUGAGGAGUGUGUUACCUGAAUGGGUUAGAAUUGGGUUUUCUGGUGCAACUGGACAAUUAGUUGAAUUGCACAAGAUUCUUUCAUGGACUUUUAAGUCAAGCUUCCAGUAA